GGAAAUCUAAGAAUGAUGACAUUGUUAACAUAAUUUUAUAAUAAUUUACUCCAGUUAAUAAAAGGUGAAAUUGUAUUUCAACCUCAUUACUUUAAUCGGGGAUUCAACAUCGGCACUUUUACACUAACAUUUCACGAAUUAGUAUUGUGGAUUUGUAUUAUAUUCAAAAUGGACAAAUGGAUGAUUAACUUUAUAUUUUUCUUCACUAUUCUCCACAUUGGGAGAGGUGCGAAAUUCUCUGGUCCUCUGGGCCUAUCUAAUGGUCGGCUACGGGUAAGACCAAGGCCGCCAAAUAUUUUCUACGAUCCUGGCCCUCCACGUAAUCCUAUGGGUCCUAUAAACCCUGAAGAAUUUAAAAUAUGCCCUGCUAAAUAUCUCUCUGGAAAUCCAAUCACUCGAGAGAAGAUAAGUAAGUGUCAAUACUUCACUUGCUCACCGGGAGGAAUAUACAAGAAGCAUAGCUGUCCAAAUGGUCUGGCUGUCCAGGUAUCCGUCCGAAGGAAAUGGCAAUACGAUCGUACGGGGGUGGAUUACAUGCCAUGUACCAGGAUCUCUUUAGGGUGCGUCAAACCUAUCGCUGGAAACGGUACAGGUCAAAUAUCCGAUACGCCAGUGGAAAUUUGUGGAAUAGAUUUGGUAUUCGCCGCUGAUAUUUCCUGUUCAAUUUCACCUGCCAAUAAAGCUAAAGUAAAGAAGUUCAUAAUAGCAGCAUCGAGUAGCAUUCCAGUGAGGUCCCAGUAUUCUAGGAUUGGUGUUCUGACAUUUUCUGACAAGGUUUACCAUGUAGCUUACAUGAAUGAAUUCACAAGGCAAUCUCAACUUAUUGAAAGACUUAAGGCGAUGACAACUGAACCCCUCGCUUGUGGUACAAGAACCGAUGAAGGAUUGAGAGAGGCCAGAGAAAAAUAUUUUUCGAAAAUGUUCGGUUCUAGACCAGAUAGACAGAAAGUUUUAAUUGUGCUGUCCGACGGGUUUACAUACCCAACGUCGUUCCAGAAGGACACUUUCUAUCAGGCGAAUCUUAUACACAAAGCAAAUAUUCAAACACAUGUAGUUGGACUCCCUAAUUUGAAACUAUUGAAUCCACCAAAGGAUGCCAAGGGAAAGGCGACCAAUCGAUUCACACCCGAGGCUGCACGAGAGGAGUGGCUUAAGAUUGCAUCAAAACCAGAAAAUGUAUUCACGCUCUCAUCAUUCGACCAGUUAUUUUUACAACUAAAUCAAAUUGUCAAAACAGCUUGUUUCACAAUUUAGUAACGAAUAUGUAGAAAUUGUACAACUUCGAGCUAUGAAUCAAAUUAUGAACCCGUCCAGUAAACCAAUAUCAUACCGCCUCAUAUCAUACUAUACCCAAUCUAUCAUAUGAAUUAAAUCCAUAAACCCGUCUAAUAAACCAAUAUCAUACCGUAUCAUAUUGUAGUUAAGCAAUCCUAUCAAUCAAAUCUUUAAACCCGUCCAUUAAACCAAUAUCAUGUCGCCUCAUACUAUACCAAAUCUAUCAUAUGAAUUAAAUCCAUAAACCCGUCCAAUAAACCAAUAUCAUACCGUAUCAUACUGUAGAAUAGCUAUCCUAUCAAUCAAAUCUAUAAACCUGUCCAUUAAACCAAUAUCAUAC